AUGGUGGCGCCCGGUGGUGCCAUGAGCGAUUCUGAGAGCUGCAGCAGUAGCAACAGCGAAGCAGAGGAGCUGGAGCGAUGCCGCGAGGCGGCGAUGCCCGCCUGGGGGCUGGAGCAGCGCCCGCAGUGGGCAGAGAAACCUAGAACCGAUGCUGCAGGUAAACAGGUACCAGCAUCCCAGCCAAGCCACAGGCGCGAGGUGAACAAGCAUGACGAAGAUGGCAAUGAGCUUCAGACCACACCUGAGUUCCGAGCCUUUGUGGCCAAGAAGCUGGGAGCCAUGCUGGACAGCUCCAUCACCGUCUCAGAAGUGUGGAAGAAGCCAUGCAAAGCAGAGGUGCAGCCCGUGGCAGAGGCGGAGGACGGCUUCCGCCUUUUCUUCACAUCUAUCCCCGGAGCCCACAAGAAGGAAGCUUCUCCAAAACCCUGCCGAAAACGCCAGCCCCCCAGCUCCAGCAGUGAGGACAGUGACGAGGAGUGGCAGCGGUGCCGGGAGGCGGCUGUGUCUGCUUCAGACAUUCUCCAGGAGUCAGCCAUACACUGUGCUGCCGAGGUGGAGAAGGAGGCGGAGAAGAAGAAAUUGAAAAAGAAAGCCAAGAAGAAGGCUGACAUUGACUUAACCGGAGCCACAGGCCUGAAACAGGUAAAGGAGGCAGGCAGCAUCAAUGAGGACCCAGCAUCACUUGGGACCAAAAAGAAGAAAAAGAAGAAAAAGGCCAAGAAAGCCAGGGAGGCUUCCCUGAGCCUACCAGCAGGGUGUGCAGCAGCUGGGCCUGAAGACUGACUCCAGGCUGCAGGCCUAUGGCCACCCGCUCUUGAGGAUGAGGCGCAUGUGGAGUCCAGGCAAAGCUAAGCCACUCUCCAGGUCCAGCACCGCCUCCACCCACAGUGACUUUAGCUGGGCUUGCCCACGAGUCCGAAGGAGUGGAUGCCUGAGCAAGAGGGUGGGCUUGUGGUUCCAGAACAUUCUAUUACCUCAGGACGGAGGGCGCUUCCAGUUUUUAAGACUGAGUCUUAGAGUUUCCAUCUCCCCUACCUGCCCAGCCAGGUGUGACAAGUGAUCUUUAGAAAUGAGGGGAGGGGUCUCCAGGGCACUGAGGCCCAGGAAAAGUUUUGUGCCCUCCCCGCCCACACAGACUCAACAGCAUUGCCAGGAAAAGAAGGAGAGAUACCCCCUCCUUUUUUCCCCAGAAUUUUCUUACUCCAAAAUUUUUAAUAUACCAUCCAUAAAAACAUGCCUAAGUCAGGUCAGUUACUGCAUCAGGUGCAAGAGUACUGGGGACCUAACUUAAUUUAGGGUACAGGCGUGGCUGCAAGGCCCCAAGUAAGUUCUGUCCCCAGCACCAAAGAGAAAAGGGAAAAUAAAUUAUCAGGUGACCCAAGAUGUAGCCUAGGGACUGCCCCUGCUUGGUGCUGACCCUCUCUGUUUUAUUGUUUGUCUGAAAGAGUUUCUGUGUAGCUCAGACUGGCCUGAGGCCGCCAGUCUCCUGCUUCUGCCUCCUGAGUAGGGAGACAGGAAUGUGCCAUCAGUGCUGUGGUGUUUGGUGAUCACGCUUACUCGGCAAGUGUUCUACCACUGAACCACAUCCUCAGUGCUGAAAGUUAGGGGACAUUUUAAAUAAAAACCACAUGUGGGAGCCUCCCAUCC